GGCCGGAAGUGACGCAUGCGCUUCCGGCGGUGUGGGCGGGGCUUCGCGGCUCCUUCCCGGGAUACCUGCGGACCGCAUGGAAGCAAAGACUCCCGGAAUUACAACACCCAGAAAACCUGUUUUAUCGGUCAGUGCGAGAAAACUUAAGGACAAUGCAGCCGAUUGGCAUAAUUUAAUCCUGAAAUGGGAAACCCUCAACGAUGCAGGUUUUACCACUGCAAAUAAUAUCGCCAACCUGAAAAUCACUUUACUGAAUAAAGACAAAAUAGAAUUAGAGAGCAGCAGCCCAGCUUCUAGUGAAAAUGAAGAAAAGAUGAACGUGGAAUAUAAUAAGGAGCUAGAGGUGCUGUGUGAGGAGCUGCAGGCCACCCUGGAUGGUUUGACCAAAAUACAAGUGAAAAUGGAAAAGCUGUCUUCAACUACCAAGGGAAUUUGUGAACUAGAAAAUUACCAUUAUGGGGAGCAGAAUCAACGGCCCCCUAUGUUUCACACGUGGCCCACAGCCCAUUUCUACGAGGUUUCCCGCAAGCUCUCUGACAUGUACCGGCAGGAGUUGCUCCUGAAGUGCACCGUCGCGGAAGAGCUGGCGCACACCGCAGACCGCGACCUCACCCUGAGCUACCUGUCCAUGUGGCUGCACCAGCCGUAUGUGGACAGUGCCAGCAAGCUGCAUCUGGAGAGCAUGCUGCUGGAAACGGGGCAUCGAGAACUGUGACCCCCGGAGUAGCUCUGGACGAGCCCCGCGUCCAGGCCCCAGGCCGCCGGCUUCUGCCAGGUCUGCUCAUGGCUGCUCAGUCCCGUGUAGGCCCUGCCGGGCCGGGGCAGGUCCUCCACACUGGAUCAUUCCACCUGCUUCUCCCAGGCUCUCCAGGCACGGCUGCCACUGCCGUGGCUGCCCCUCAUGUGGUGCCACCUGCCACUUAGUGUCACACAUACGAGUGCUUUUGAGAUCCUGAAAGGAACGAGUGACCUGGUUUUUAUAAAUUAGAUGUCGCAUGUUACAUUUAUGUAGAAAAUCCUUGAUAUCAGAUUUUUGUUUUAUACCUAUCUGUAUUGCUUACACUUUUAUGACAGUAUAUUAAUUUUCUGAUACAACUGAUGUUUAAAUCCUGUGUAUUUGGUACUGAGGCACAGUGGGUUAAGCCACCAGCAUCCCAGAUCGGCGCCAGUUUGAGUCCCCUCUGCUCCACUUCUGAUCCAGCUCACUGCUAAUGUGCCUGGGAAAGGAGCAGAGGAGGGCCCGAGUGCUUGGGCCCCUACCACUCACGUGGGAAAACCAGAUGGAUUCCAGGCACCUGGCUGCAGCCUGGCCCAGCCCUGGCCUUUGCUGCCACUUGAGUGAACCAGAUGGAAGAUCUCCCCACCCCACCGACAUCACUCUUCCUGUCAAAUAAGUAAAUAAAUAUUUAAAAUAAUAAU